CCUGCUUGCAAGGCAGGUGCUUAUGCCGCUGAGCUAAACCCCUAGCUCCGUGAGUCUGAUUCUUAAACUACUUCGGGGUAAGUCAUGAUUCCAAGGGUUAGGCGGUCUUUUUCUGCCCGGCAGCAGUCAAGCCUCCGGGCGGGCCGGCGGACUUCCCGAGAUGGGCAGUGGGGCAGCGCAGCCUCCUCCGGGGGAGGCUCGGUGAUCGGGGUGGAUGGGGGUGCACAGGGCAGGCCCCUACCUUCGGGAGAUUCCGGCCGCGAUCGCCGCGCCAGCAGAGGGGAAGACGCGGGAGCAGCGACCCAGGCGCCCGCGAGCGCCAGGCGCAACCAGCGUCCGCUGGGCCGCCCAGCGGUUGCCUAGGAGCUGAAGAAUGUCUCCCUUUGGCGUCAGGGUUGGAAUGAAAAGAAACUCGGAACUGUUCGCGAACAGAGCUUCCGCCGCCCGCAGGCUGAACCCAGCUAACUUUCCCGAACAAGUAGUAGAUAACCUUCCUGCUGACAUAUCUACUGGCAUUUAUUAUGGUUGGGCCAGUGUUGGAAGCGGUGAUGUUCAUAAGAUGGUGGUGAGCAUCGGAUGGAACCCGUACUACAAGAAUUUGAAGAAAUCUAUGGAAACUCACAUCAUGCACACCUUCAAGGAGGACUUCUAUGGCGAGAUCCUCAACGUGGCUAUUGUUGGCUACCUCCGACCAGAAAAGAACUUCGAUUCUUUAGAGUCCCUUAUCUCAGCGAUUCAAGGAGACAUUGAAGAAGCUAACAAACGACUAGAUUUGCCAGAACAUCUGAAACUCAAAGAUGACAAUUUCUUCCAGGUUUCAAAAGGCAAAAUUAUGAAUGGCCACUGAUGAAUAUAAUCACUGUAUUUAUUCAUGUGCUGUUUUCUGUAUUUCACUGUUCAUAAUUACACAGUCUCAUCUUGAUUGUACUUUAAACCUCAAACAUUUUCCUAUAGCUGUGAAUUAAAGUGUACAGUAGUGUAGAGUUACCCAACGAUGCUUCCACUGUUAAAUCCAUCAUGCUUUAGUAUUAAAAAGCUUCUUUUAAAAUCAAGGUUCUUUAUGUAAUAUGCAGAUAAAAAUGAACCACUAGAAGGAUAUUAUUUUAGAAUGGAAUAAAUGUCCUAUAAGGAUGGGUAGAAAGGCAUGUCAGUAGUUUGAACUGAAAACUGAUUCUCAUGGUAAGACACCAGCAUGUAUGUGCUUGUGUAGCAUAUGUUGCUGAACAGAGAAGACUUAGAAAAGUAAAUAGAAGUUUAAUAAUUUAUUAUAAACCUUGAUAAAAAAAAGUCCAUCCUGUAUUUUUGAUAUUUUCUACAUUAAUAUAUUAUUACAGACAUGAAGAAUUUUGUAAAAUUUGGUUUAACUCAUUUCCCUUAUGAGAUCAAUUCAUUUUGCUGUUGCCUUUUGUUUUCCAUAGAGUUCCCUCAGUUCUAAGUGGCCUGGAUCUCUCUAUCAGUUUGAUUAUUUUUUUUAAUAAGACAGUUAAAAAAAAAACACCCCUAUGCAAUAUUUCAAUUCUGAAGGUCUCAUUUUUGUGUUGGAUAAUUUUUUCUUAUAUAACAGUAAAUAUUUUUGUUCUUCACAUUUUUCCUGAUGUUUGUUCUGUUUUCCUUUCACAACAACUGUAACCGUUUUCCAUUUUAAACCGCCUGCAUCUCUGCACUAAGAGGUGGCAACUGUCCCCCUCAUUCCAUUCCGUCCAUACGUGAACAGUGAUGAAGUGUGGAUCUGUGUUGCUUGGUUUUUUUUUUGCAGCACUGGGAUUAAACCCAGGCUGUCACACAAGGCCUGCGCUGGCGAACCUUUGAGAGCUCUCAGGGACAGCCGGCAGCCCGGUGCAGCAGUGUACCGUGCAUUCACCACUGUUGCUGACAGCCAGCGCUAUCCCGUGACCUGCACCCCAGCCCCUGCGCUGCAGCUGUAGGAAGCUUCCUCAGGACUCGACACCAGCCCCUUCAUCACGUGUGCUGGUGUCUUAACAUGAAGUGCUUAUUUUCCCUCUUGGGAAACUACUUAAGGGCCAGUUAAACUAUAAAGUGGUUAGCAUGUUAUUUAUUUUUCAUGUGAUUGCAUGUUCCAGAGGAAGUCUAAACGAUUGUACUUGUUUAUGCCCAGUAUAAUUCAUGCUAAUGUAAAGAGUACUUGUAGCUUGAAAGGAAGGUGUAGAUAAAACUCUAGUUAAAUGGUCUUCACAUUUUGCAUUUCCUUUUCCUGACUUUGGCCAUUUGAAUUCUUCUGUUUAUGAAGAUGAAAAGUUGAACUCUCUGGGUCCUUUAGGAAUGAAGAUCACAGUUUGCUUUGUGUCACCUGAGUACAGUGAAUCAUCUUCACUCUGGAAACCGAUUUGGGCAGAGCAGUUUGGGAGGGGAAGAGUUGAAGUAUGUAGUAGGUAAUUUUAUAGAUAAUUUAUUUUCCCUAAUUACUGAUGUUUAAUAAAUGUUUCUGAAGUAUGUUGAAACACAUGUAACGUGGGAGAAGAGGGUUGCAUGUAUGAAUUAGUUAGAUUGCAUUCUGUCUGAUUUUGGAGACAGGGACUCACUGCAGCCCGGUGCUGGGAUUACAGGUGUGGCCACCAGGCCCAGCUGCAUUUUACUUCAUGCUGUGUGCACUUAUGAUGAGCAAUGCAGGCUUGUUCAUUACUUUAUAAAAACAUUUAGAAGGUUUUUUUAAUGAUCCUGAGGACUCAGUGCACCGGCUUGUGCGUGCCAAGCAAGUACCCUGCCACUGAGUUACCCUUCUCCCCAGCCCAACCCUGAAAAUACAGCUUUUGAUGUUCGAAAUCCCAUGCUUGAAAGAAACCUUAUUUACCCAGUUAUCAGUCGCUUUAUAAAACAAAGUUGAAAGCUGACAUGGAAAUUGUUAAGACAGAUUUGUAUUAUUUUGAGUAGCCUGCUGCUGAUUACAUCCUCAUCAUAUGAAAGUUCUUGCAUAUGUCAUUGUUACUUUACAUUUCACAAAAUAGCCAUUGCUUUUGAAAAAUCCACAGUAUGUUGUCUAGGGGUUGUCUGCACUUUUUGACAGCUGUGUAUUAAGUGUUUCUGAAUUGUAAGAUGUUAUAGUAGUUCCAUUGUGAUUAGUCUGAAUGUUUUUAGGCCUUGAAAUAAAUCUUGACUAAGUAA